UCACGUAAACAGGAAGUAUCUGGUUUGAGAUUUGAGCCACUAGAUGGCAGUAGUACAAUCGAAAAGGAUACAGCUUUCAGCCCGUGGAAGAGUUGCUAAGAUUAGCUUAGCCUAGCUAAGCUCAAGAAGAAGGUCACUUUUACUGCAGCUGAGCCUCCAGGUCUUCAGGGGACACAUAAAAGUCCUGGUCCUGUGCCUCCCGAGGUCGAGGUUUACACUUUCCACAGCAGCAGUUACAGCAGCAGCACAGGCAGCAACAGAAGUAGCAGCCGGUGGCCAGGCCGCAGAACACAAAGAGAGCCUGCAGGAGAGCACAUCCAGGGGUGAAACACAGGCAGCGUCAGCUCCCCAAUGAUGAGUUAUGCUGAAAAGCCAGAGGACAUCACAAAAGAGGAGUGGAUGGACAAACUGAACAACGUUCACAUUCAGAGGGCGGACAUGAACCGGCUCAUUAUGAACUACCUGGUUACAGAGGGUUUUAAAGAGGCAGCAGAGAAGUUUCGUAUGGAGUCUGGAAUCGAACCAAGUGUGGACCUGGACUCUCUGGAUGAAAGAAUAAAAAUCAGAGAGAUGAUCCUGAAGGGACAGAUACAGGAAGCUAUCGCGCUAAUCAACAGCCUUCACCCAGAGCUGCUUGACACCAACCGAUACUUGUAUUUUCAUCUUCAGCAACAGCAUUUAAUUGAGCUAAUCAGGCUAAGAGAAACUGAGUCAGCGCUGGAGUUUGCGCAGACACAACUGGCAGAGCAGGGGGAGGAGAGCCGAGAGUGCCUGACGGAGAUGGAGAGGACACUAGCUCUUCUGGCCUUUGACAACCCUGAGGAUUCACCCUUUGGAGACCUUCUCAACAUGAUGCAGCGGCAAAAGGUGUGGAGUGAGGUGAACCAAGCUGUGCUGGACUAUGAAAACCGCGAAUCCACGCCCAAACUGGCCAAACUGUUGAAGCUGCUGCUGUGGGCACAGAACGAGCUGGACCAGAAGAAGGUGAAAUACCCUAAAAUGACUGACCUGAGCACAGGAACCAUCGAGGACCCCAAGUGAACAUUACCGAGAACAACAACUAUGAUCUCUUUAAUUUAUGAUCAGUCAGUGACUGUGUGACGACAACUAAGUAACAUAUAUGUACCAGACACAUUCUACGCUAUUUUUUUUUUUUCAUGUUUCAUUCAUGAGAAGUCCACUUGUCGUGUAACCUGUAAAAUGAUGUAUUAUUUACAAACUGGCAGAAAAGAUCCUUAUUUACGAACUGGCCGUGGCUUUUUAAAACUAUCUCGGAGGUGACAAAUUUACAAAAGCCAUUUUAUAUUUAGCCUUUUUUAAAGCUAAGAGUCAGUGGUAUUAUUUAUUACGAACUCUCGUCUCCCCCACCAAUCAUUUUGUCGGAAAGGAAACUGAUGGUGCAGCCUGUUGAGGAGUUUGCUUGAGGUGGAGCGAAAACCUGGCCACUGGAACAGUGCUAACUUUGAUAGAGCGACAGUUGGGGCUUCUUAGAUGAAGGUCUGUUCAGAUUAAAGUGACUCAUUAUUCUUAAUGAAAAAUAAAAUCAACUUUUCUUAUAUACGAAA